GCGACGCUUGCAGCUGAGAGACCGCUGGCUCAAAAAUGGAGAGCGACACCACUGUCAGGAGAAUAAAACCCUUCGGGACGCAUAAUUAUGUUGCUCAGGAUAACGACGGUUCCCGGGACCGGUGCGGGGAUAACGGCUACAGCGGUGACCCGAAGAAGAAGCCUGAAGUGAGUCUGUAUCUGCUGCGGGAAGGGCUGGCAGCUUCCCUGGUCUCUGUGUUUAUUUUGGUGCUGUGGGGACUCGUUCAUUUGUCGUUACAGCAGCUCGUCAUUGGAAAGCCAACCGGCGACUUCAACGCUGAGAGAGCCAGACGGCACUUGGAGCAGAUCACUAGUGUCGGCCCUCGGCCAGUGGGCAGCCAGGAGAAUGAGGUCCUGACAGUGGGCUACUUGUUGGAGCAGAUUGAGAAAAUCCGGGUCGAGACUGCAGCGGGUCCCCAUCAGCUCACGGUAGAUGUACAGCGUCCCACCGGCACUUUCUCCAUUGACUUUCUCGGAGGCUUCACCAGCUUCUAUGACCGUAUCACCAACAUUGCUGUCAGGCUGGAGCCUAAGGGUGGGACGCAGCAUCUCAUGCUGGCCAAUUGCCACUUUGACACAGUGGCCAACAGUCCAGGUGCCAGUGAUGAUGCAGUGAGCUGUGCAGUGAUGCUGGAAGUCCUCCAUUCUCUGGCCAACCAGUCUACACCUCUUCAUCAUGGAGUUAUCUUCCUCUUUAAUGGGGCAGAGGAAAAUAUCCUUCAGGCCAGUCACGGUUUCAUUACUCAGCAUCCGUGGGCCAAGCAGGUGCGAGCUUUCAUUAACUUGGAGGCUGCAGGUGUCGGGGGCAAGGAGGUUGUUUUCCAGACGGGUCCUGAGAACCCGUGGCUGGUCCAGGCCUACGUGCAUGCAGCCAAACACCCUUUUGCCUCUGUGGUCGGCCAGGAGGUCUUUCAGAGUGGCAUCAUUCCCUCUGACACCGACUUCCGAAUCUACAGGGAUUUUGGCAACAUCCCAGGAAUUGAUCUGGCUUUCAUUGAAAAUGGUUUCAUCUAUCACACCAAGUACGACACUGCUGACAGGAUCCUGACAGACUCGAUCCAGAGAGCAGGCGACAACAUCCUGGCAGUUCUGAGGUACCUGGUGACGUCAGAGAAGUUGGCUGAUUCCUCAGAGUAUCGUCAUGGCAACAUGGUGUUUUUUGACCUACUGGGUGUAGUUGUGGUGGCUUACCCAGCCCGCGUUGGCACUAUCCUAAACUACAUGGUAGCCACAGUCACUUUUUUUUAUCUGGCCAAGAAAGCUUCACUGCCAGGCAAUGGGGGUGGCCGAUAUGUCCGAGAUCUGGCCUGUGCCACAGGCGUAGCAGUCCUAAGCUGGUUCAUCACCCUGCUGUCAGUGCUGAUUGUCGCUCUGCUCGUCACUCUGCUGGGUCGCUCCAUGUUUUGGUACAACCACUUCUACGCCUCCAUAUGCCUGUAUGGGACCGCAGCUACAGGCAAGAUGAUCCUCGUUCACACGCUGGCCAAGAACUUGUAUUACGGAGUAAGUGGUGUCCGUUUGGUGGAGCUCGGCGAUCUCUUCUUCGACGUUAGCUUGUUUCUGUGGUGCUGCAGCCUGGUGUGGCUGACCCAGCAGGGCCUGUGUUCAGCCUACGUGCCCAUGCUAAUGGUGGCCUUCCCACUGGCCACCAGGCUGCUGCUGGCAAAAGAAUUUAAGCAUAGAGGAGCAUCAGUGAAGUACAGCAUGCUUUAUUUGUUGGGCCUGGCGUUGCCUUAUGUCCACUUCAUGUUCCUCAUCUGGGUGGUGUUUGAGAUUUUCACACCAAUCAUGGGUCGCAGUGGCACAGAAAUACCUCCUGAGGUGGUGAUGGCCUCCCUGGUCACCCUGGCAACCAUCUUCCUGUCGUCCUUUUUUCUUCAUUUUAUCUACUUGGUACGGAGCACUAAGUGGAUCCUGGCUGGUCUGGGCACAGUCUUCAUCUUUAUGUUCCUCUUGAUGUCCUGCGGCCUCCUUUUUCCUUAUUCAGGCAGUCCAGAGAGCCCGCGACCAAAACGAGUUUUCCUGCAGCAUACGACGCGGACCUUCCACAACCUCCAGGGCCAGGUGGAGAGCCGAGACUCAGGUCUGUGGAUCAACAGUUUUGAUUACACAGGCAUACAGCACGUCACACCCCUCAUCCCCGAGAUCAACGACAGCGUUCGCACCAGCUGCCGUGAAGACCGGCCCUUCUGUGGUUACCCCUGGUUCCUUCCUGUGAAGUUCCUCAGCAAGAAGAACUGGUACCUUCCUGCACCAGAAGUGUCUCCCACCUCUCCUGUGGAGUUCAGCCUGCUGUCCAGAGAGGAGACCAGCUGGGGGACGAUCAAGAUGACCUUCAAUGUGAAAGGUCCCAGCCACAUGUCUUUGUAUCUGAUGCCUCACCGAGGAACCAGCCUCUCCACAUGGUCCUUUGGUGACGGGACGCCUCAGUUCGACCUGAGUGGAGAAUAUUUUGUCUUCUAUUCCCACGGCCUCGAUGCCCCCACAUGGACCUUCUGGUUUGAAAUACAGCCUCCGAGAGAGCCCGACCCAUCGGGCCCUGAGGGGAUGAUCUCUGUCGCCAUCUCCACCCACUAUUUCUUUGGACAAGAUAGAAGGACUGCUCAGUUGGAUGAAAUCCUCAGCAGGUUUCCUUCGUGGGCUUUUCCUUCAUCUUGGGUCAGUACCUAUGACAUGUACCGAUACUGAGGAGGCCACACAUCACAGAGGCCGAUGCCGAGGAGAGCUGAGGGUCUCAGGGCCCCCUCCCCCCGAGACAGACAGAAAAGAUUUCAAAGAACAAUACUGAGGACCAGCCCUGACGCCUUUUCUCUCUGACACAAACGCACACUCUAACACACACUCAUGCUCCCUCCCAGCCUGCCUGAGAGACCCCCAUCACUGUGUCAGUAGGCUUAGUAGCUAACCGAGCAGGAAGACGCGCAGAGACACGCCAGAGGUAAGCCGACCCGCUUACAGACUGACUAACUCGACGACCCACCCACUGGCCGCCACAAGCCUCAUGCUCACUCCUGGGCUAGUGAAACAAAGGGGUUACGUUUUUUUUUUUUGUACUCAAUCUGUCGUGCCUUUGCUUUACUCAAUCCAUCUCACUCCCCUCCUCACUUUCCGUCUCACCCACUUCCUCCUGUUCUUCCUCUCUCAUGCUUCCUGAAUGAAUAACGUUGCAUGGCUACUUCCCCUGCCCUCUCUUUAUCAGCUAACCACUCGGGCCAUUCUCACACUAGAUGCGUCUCUGGCUUCCUCUGAAGAAAUAACACCACUACUGUAUGCACUAUAGGUGUAGUAACAUACUACUGGGAGGGGAAACAAAGAGAGUCAUUUUUGUUUGACCCUUCUUCCGACGUUAACUGGAAACUUUGACACUUUGAAAGUUGCUUUUCAUCAACACGCACCUGUUCAUAUUCUGAGCAAAUAGAUUUUCUAUUAACUGAAAUUGCUCAUUACCAUUUCUCAAUAACACCACUGAUUUGCAGCGAGUCGUAUGCCCGUGUUUCAGCGAGGAAUGCCAACAGUCUGCUUUAAUUGUCAGAGAAUCUGGCAUUCAGAGGCAGAAAACUGUGCCUGUUAAAUGAAAACAGCUGGCUAACAUCAAAAUGUCAAUGUGUCCUUUAAAAGGAGUAGCUUUCCUAAUGAUUUUGUGCAGAGGGCAAUGUUGAGGUCUUGAAGUUUUCUGCCUGAUUUGUUUAAGCAAAUGUGUUUUGAUUUUGGGCUUGAUGAGACCAGAGCUCACAGGGAAACAAGGACUUGUGGCCGUCUGAAUGUCCUGUGAUUAAAAUUAUUCCCCAAGGCGGUGAGGGGUAACUGGGAGGAAAACCAGCAAUGCAACUCCACACUCAUUAACAGCACCAGUGUCAGUUUGUUCUGUCUCACGUGGAAGUGUUGGUUAUUUACAUUUACUGUAAUAAUAUGUAUUCUAUUCUUGUUUUCAAACUUGACUCUUGCUCUGUGCUAUGAACUGUCCCCAGCAACACUAAAGGAUGUCUUUUUUAUAGACUAAACAGUUAAUCGAGAAAACAGUGGAAAGGAUAAUUAAUACUGAAAAUAAUUAUUCAUUUUGGGAAGUUAUCCAAUCACAUAGCUGUAUAUGCCAUGUGCAGAUGGAUAAAAGUUAAUCAGAAAUUGAUGCAUUUCCAGGCAGUUUCACCCCUAAAAUGGCAACAAAUUGCCAAGCUGCAUUAUAUAAAAACCAUUAAAAUGAAAUUAUAAAUUUUAGAAGGACUCAGUAUAGCAAUACAGAUGUGAUAUUUAUCCAUUUUAAAAAAUGGUGAAGCUUUACUUUUUGGGUCUGUAAUUUCUGAAUUUUUUUUAAAGAGAUUUUCUGGAAAAAAAAACUGCGGCUUGGUACCAGUCAUAUGGAACAUGGACACCAUAGUAAGUUAGUCUACUAACAAUUCCAGUUAUUACCAGCUAAUUGUGAAAAUAGUUAAAUCCUUCUACAGGCAACUCAGUGCAGACUAAGUAUAAUGUAUAGAGAGUAUAAAGUUUCUGAUAAUAAAUGGGAGGUGAUCAGGAUCGAUGUAUCAUUUCAAAGAAUAUUGAGUGAAAACAUCAAUACGUAUCUUCAUCUUUAAGAUACGCCUUUAUUUUUAAAUUCCUUUGGCACGUGUGUCACCAUUUCCAUCCAAGCACACAUCCUUUCUAAAAAAUCAAACUGUGCAAGCAGCCUAAUGCCAGGCAGGUAAUGUUAAGAAGCCAAAAAAUGACAAUGAGGGUAUUUAUUGACAUCGUAGGCUACUGAAUCACAGUUGUAUCAUGGAUGACUUAGUGAUAUCAGCAAAUAUUGUAUAGAAUGAAGAAUCAAUUUAAUAUUGGAUUGUGAUGAAACUUGUGAUUUACAUCCCUAAUGUUUACUACGCAUUUCUAGUAAAUAAAUAAAAUGGUAUUUUCUUUGUACAUGGUACCAAUUUGCAUAGUUAUUUCCAGGAAAUAGCCUAGGAUUUUACUAGGAAAUAACAGACCUGCAAAAAUAAAAAAGCAUAACCAAAAGCAGCUAUAUAAAGCUAGUCCUUGUUGAUUUAAAAUUCAUAAAUAAUCUGUGCUAUACAGAAAAAUAGGUAGAAAAAUAGGUAAGAGAUAUAGAUUAAGCUGUGUUAAACUGAAACUUUAUAUACUGUCAUUUUUCUGUCCUUUAAGUUGUGCUGAAAUUGUUCUAAGAAUGUACAUUUAUGCAUUUGUGCUGCUGCGGACAGCUCAUACUGGUAACUGUUGUCCACUCAUUUUGUGAUGUGUUGCUAAUAUUUCUCAUAUCUCACUCAUCUCAUGUGGAGCUGCAUCUUUUUUUGUGUAGAGCCCAAGUAUCACAACCACAAUCCAGUUAAUAUGACCUGUUUUAUGUGUAGACUUCACAUAGUCGACCCCAUAAAACACCGUUAUACAGUUAGGGCCAAGUUACACUAGAAAAGAAGUGGUUUGUACCACAUGCCCGUGGUCGUGCAAAUGUGGGGACAAGGGUUUGUUUCUCUUGGAAGACUUUCAUGGUGUUGCACGAGGUUGCACACGUGAAAAGUGGCAGUAAGAAUUGUGGUUAGAAUGAAAAAAGAGAGCUAAAGAAAAGGUUAAUGCUUUGCACCUUUUUAGCCUCCACACAGCUGGACAACCCCAGUGUAAAGUGGUUGUUCAUGUCGGUUUCAGAAAGUCAUAGAAAUGGUCGGACAGAGAUCCCCAUAACCCGACGUCAGAAAGGUGUGAGGAAAUGCUAGUACCUCGCCUUCCGACGUCUCACCUGGGACUUUAUUUUGGGAAAAAACAGUAGUUAGCAAUGAGAGACAGUUCAUUUUUUGAUCCUGUUUCAGUUGUGCCAAAAAAUAACAUAAUAAUUAACAAUUUAAAAACAAUUUAGCUAGUUGAGAAGGUUGCAGUUGUUGGAGGUUUGGUGUAGUACCAUUUAGGUUGGAUAUAUUAGUAGAUCUGGAGACCAGAUGCCAAGAUGGCACCUUCUCAGUCCAUUAAGAAUUGCUCACCUGACACACAUGGUAAAAGAUUUUCUGGCUUCCUGGUUUACUUCUGGGAUGUGCAGCUCAGUGAAUAUCUGUAGUAGUGUUUCUCCUGCAGUAGACUUAACAUUGUGAUCACGUCACUUUUCUUGGCUCAUAGAAAGUUUUAACCUCUCUGAAUCAAAAAUUCAUCACGGAAACAGUAAUAAUUCGCAUUGUUUACAGAUCGAGGUGUCUUAUCAACUUUUAUAGUGUUGGUCAAUGUUAAAAAAUGCCAUUUGGGGCUUUUUUGCUGCAAUAUCGUGAAUGGCAACUGAAAAAAACUGGAGGCAAGGCUGAGUGAUGUUUCCGGGGGCCUAGAAACCACUUCGUGAACUACCUGUCCUCCAUCUCGCACGAAAUAUGUCACUAACGUGCUAAGAGCCAGCUAGCUCGCUUUCAGCUCUGCUAUAGCUAAAUUAGCUAUGUUUGACACACAAACUUAGCGUUAUAUUACCUGUGUGUAUCCAACUACUCACAGCCUUUUGAUCAGUCGGGAGGCAAAAGAACGAGUAAGACCAGUUGCUCAUGUGAGUACAUCCCGGCACAAAACAUCCAGGCAUCGUGGCUUUAAUGAGAUAGAAACUUAUGCCUUUGUUAUUAUGUAUUGUCAAAGUCUUACACCUAAACAGCUUUGCAACAAACUUCUUGAUUUAAUUGACGAAACAUAUUUUUAUAAUUUAAGGCAUAAAUCAGGAUCAAAACAUUAUUUGUCUCUGGUCAUCUUCAACAAAAAUCAUUCUUUGGGAAAUAAGGUCCCCAUGGUGGUCCACUGGGAAGAGGAGGGACUUGGCCUUUCUAUUUUAAUUGUGUGACAAACUCACUAACAGUGUAUACUGGCCCCUUCAGCGUCACCACUACCUCCACUAUGAUCAAAACUUUGUGUCCGACACCGAGAUAAUAGCUAUUAAUCUUCUCAUAAACUGUGGCUUGAAUGUUAUUGUUGGGAAGAUUUAAAUGAUUGAGCUAGCUAAUGUUCAAGAGAGAUUACUUUGAUGGAUUAUAAAGCAUCAUCACGUCCGUCUGUGGGCUACCUCUGUUUUCUGCUAACAAAGUGGAAUGGCUCCAUCCUGUUUUGAGAGUUGAAUCGUGUCUGUGCUGUCAUAAAAACAGGGUGAGUGUCCCCUCCCCACUGUCAGUCCCACACUCUGAUGACAUCUUUUAAAACAAAAAUGUCCUGUAGUUGCUUGUUGGCAGUUUGACUCCUCCUGUACGUCCCACGGGUGGCAUCAGGUUGUAAAGACUUGGGAGAUUUUUUGCACUUGGGAGAUCAACUGAGCAAAAUCGUCUUUUGUCCACUUUGUGUUACACCCGAUGACGCGUCGUCGUGAUUCAUGUUGUCUGUUUGGCUUCAGUCACACACACAAUAAGAAAUGCUGACAUGAAGGAGGCCUUAACAUUUUGCUUCCAAAGACACACAAAAUGUUUACUGUUGUGGACACAAACGUCUCAGUGGUCUUAAAGCUAUCAGGUGCUGCACUGUACAGAGUUUUUAUGCACGUGAAUUAUUGUCUGUUGGAAAGUUUAAACUUAAAAUCCAUCACAGCCUUCGACAGGUAGAAAACAGAUCAUCCUACUAUGCUCCUUCUUUUAUGCACGAUGUGUAAUGAGAAACGUACUCUGACUCCAUCUGCUGAGGAAGGUAGUGUGAUACAGGUGGAAGCUGUUUUUGUUAAAAGUCAGAUGAUUUUAUCAGCUGACUGCAGUGUGACAUGUCAAUGUCCCUUCAAAAAGCAAAAUAUCCAGUACAUCAGACAUUGGCUGUUAUAAAUUUGACUUUGACUGUACAGAAAGAAGAAAUUAAAGUUAAUUAUCUGGUGUAAUGAUUAACACCAAAGUGA